GGGGGGAUUAUGCAGGGAGGCGCACUAGCACACGCAUACAAGCACACUUUAUAGCCACAUUACGGAGCUGCUAGCUAACUUAGUAGCACACACACUUUAUAUCCGCCUUACGGAAGUGCUAGCUGGUACCCUCGCACGUUAGCCGCACGCCUCGGAGCCGCAGCGUGUUUGACAGCUACGUCCUCAACUUACCCUCUUGCGCAUAUAAAUACACACACACAAACUCCCCGAGCGCCCUCUUCUUCUUCUUCUUCUCCCUCCUCCUGCAAGCCAGCGUGGACCAACCCAAACAAACAUUCUUCAGCAGUCGACCGGUAACACUCGGUGUCCUGUUACCUGACAGCGGCUCUGCACGACAUGAUGCUCAAGUACGCCGCGGUUCGAGGCGGCCUCAGCCUGCUGGCGGUGAGGAGGGCAUGCCUUCUGUCCCGCACUGCCUAUUUGACAACGCAGAGCGAGUAUCGACCAAUCAAGAAAGUGAUGGUGGCGAACAGAGGUGAGAUUGCUAUCCGUGUGUUCAGAGCGUGCACUGAGCUCGGGAUUCGAACAGUGGCGGUGUACUCUGAGCAGGACACUGGACAGAUGCACAGACAAAAAGCAGACGAGGCAUACCUCAUUGGGAAAGGUUUGCCCCCUGUCGCCGCCUACCUGGAUAUCCCUGACAUCAUCAAAGUAGCCAAGGACAACGACGUGGAUGCCAUCCACCCGGGCUAUGGCUUCUUGUCAGAGCGUUCAGACUUUGCCCAAGCCUGUGAGGACGCCGGGGUGAUGUUUGUUGGACCAACCCCAGAAACGGUCCGCAAGAUGGGAGACAAAGUGGAAGCUCGCUCCCUUGCCAUCAGCGCUGGUGUACCCGUGGUCCCGGGAACAAACUCCCCCAUUUCUUGCCUGCAGGAAGCCCAGGCCUUUUCCCAGACUUAUGGCUUCCCUAUCAUCUUUAAAGCUGCCUACGGAGGCGGCGGCCGAGGCAUGAGGGUCGUUCGAGAGUACGAGGAGCUUGAGGAGAACUACCAGAGGGCCUACUCAGAGGCCCUGACGGCUUUUGGCAACGGUUCUCUGUUUGUUGAGAAGUUCAUCGAAAAACCAAGACACAUUGAAGUACAGAUCCUUGGGGACAAGUAUGGUAAUGUCAUCCACCUCUAUGAGAGAGACUGCUCCAUUCAGCGGCGGCACCAAAAGGUGGUCGAGAUCGCGCCAGCUUUCCAACUAGACCCUCACCUGAGAGACCGACUCCACUCAGAUGCUGUCAACCUCGCCAGAAUGGUGGGCUACGAGAAUGCAGGGACUGUGGAAUUCCUGGUGGACAAACACGGCAAACACUACUUCAUCGAAGUCAACUCCCGACUCCAGGUUGAGCACACGGUGACGGAAGAAAUCACUGACGUGGACCUGGUGCAUGCCCAGCUGCACGUGUGCGCGGGCCGCAGCCUCCCAGACCUCGGCCUCAGACAGGAUAGGAUCCGCGUCAACGGCUGCGCCAUCCAGUGCAGGGUCACCACCGAAGACCCGGCCAGGGGCUUCCAGCCUGACACGGGCAGGAUUGAGGUGUUUCGCAGUGGCGAAGGCAUGGGCAUCCGUCUGGACAGCGCCUCGGCCUUCCAGGGCGCCGUCAUCUCUCCGCACUACGACUCUCUGCUGGUCAAAGUCAUCGCCAGCGGCAAAGACCUGCCCAUUGCCGCCUCCAAGAUGAGCCGAGCCCUGGCCGAGUUCAGAGUGAGGGGGGUCAAGACCAACAUCCCCUUCCUCCAGAAUGUAUUCUCCAACCAUCAGUUUCUCCACUCCACCGUGGACACGCAGUUCAUCGACGAGAACCAGGAACUGUUCAACCUCAAGCCUACGCAGAACCGAGCCCAGAAGCUGCUGCACUAUCUCGGUCAUGUGAUGGUAAACGGACCAACCACGCCCAUCCCAGUGAAGGCCAAACCGUCCUCUAUUGACCCUGUCAUCCCCCCCGUGACCAUGGGAGAUCCUCCGGUGGGAUUCCGUGACGUCCUGCUGCGUGAUGGUCCCGAGGGCUUGGCCAAGGCCGUGCGCGCUCACCAAGGCCUCCUGCUGAUGGACACCACCUUCAGAGAUGCCCACCAGUCCAUCCUGGCCACCAGGGUGCGCACCCACGACUUGAAGCAAAUAUCGCCCUUUGUCAGCCACAACCUCAGCAACCUGUUCAGCCUGGAGAACUGGGGAGGUGCUACCUUCGACGUGGCCAUGAGGUUCCUGUCCGAGUGUCCGUGGAAGCGACUGCAGGAGCUGAGGGCUUUGAUCCCAAACGUUCCGUUCCAGAUGCUGCUGAGAGGGGCCAACGCCGUGGGCUACACCAACUACCCUGACAAUGCAGUCUUUAAGUUCUGCGAGGUAGCGAAAGAAAACGGCAUGGACAUCUUCCGUGUGUUUGAUUCCCUCAACUACCUGCCCAACAUGCUGCUCGGCAUGGAGGCCGCCGGCUCAGCAGGGGGCGUCGUGGAGGCCGCCAUCUCGUACACGGGCGACGUGUCCGACCCAAUGAGGCAGAAGUACUCGUUGGGUUACUACCUGGAGCUGGCAGAAGAGCUGGUCAAAGCUGGAACUCACAUACUUUGUAUCAAGGACAUGGCCGGCCUGCUCAAGCCUGAGGCCAGCAAGAUCCUGGUGGGGGCUCUGAGGGAUCGCUUCCCGGACAUGCCCAUCCAUGUGCACACGCACGACACCGCCGGCGCCGGGGUGGCCGCCAUGCUGGCGUGCGCCGAGUCUGGGGCAGACGUGGUGGAUGUGGCGGUUGACUCGAUGGCAGGCAUGACGUCCCAACCCAGCAUGGGAGCAAUGGUCGCCUGCACCAAAGGGACCAAGUUGGACUCUGGUAUCGCUCUGGAGAAGGUGUUCGACUACAGCGAGUACUGGGAAGUGGCCCGAGGCCUCUACGCUCCAUUUGACUGCACGGCCACCAUGAAAUCCGGCAACGCCGACGUCUACGAGAACGAGAUACCCGGAGGACAGUACACCAACCUCCACUUCCAGGCACACAGCAUGGGCCUGGGGAAUAAGUUCAAGGAGGUGAAGAAGGCCUACACUGAAGCCAACAAGCUACUAGGAGACCUCAUUAAGGUGACACCCUCCUCCAAGAUCGUGGGGGACUUGGCCCAGUUCAUGGUCCAGAACGACCUGAGCCGGGCCGAGGUGGAGGAGAGGGCCGACGAGCUGUCCUUCCCGCUGUCGGUUGUGGAGUUCCUGCAGGGCUACGUCGGGAUACCACAUGGAGGAUUCCCAGAACCUUUCAGAUCCAAGGUGCUGAAGAGCCUCCCUCGCAUUGAUGGCCGCCCGGGUGCCUCGCUGCCGCCGAUGGACUUCGAGUCUUUGGAGGAGGGGCUGCGGGCGGCGCACGGCGAAGAAAUCACCCCCGAGGACGUGAUGUCGGCUGCCAUGUACCCGAAAGUGUUCCAGGAAUUCAAAGAGUUCACCUCUAACUUUGGCCCAGUGGACUGUCUCAACACCAGACUCUUCCUGGAUGGACCAAAGAUUGCCGAGGAGUUUGAGGUGGAGCUGGAGAGAGGGAAGAUCCUGCACAUCAAGGCACUGGCUCUGGGCGACCUGAACAAGGCUGGUCAACGGGAAGUCUUCUUUGAGCUGAACGGACAGCUGAGAUCCGUGCUGGUCAAGGACACGCUCGCCAUGAAGGAGAUGAAGUUCCAUCCUAAGGCCCAGAAGUCCAUCAAAGGUCAGGUGGGCGCACCCAUGCCCGGAAAGGUCCUGGAGGUCAAAGUGGAGGUCGGAUCCAAGGUGGAAAAGGGUCAGCCCCUGUGUGUCCUCUCCGCCAUGAAGAUGGAGAUGGUGGUCAACUCCCCGAUGUCCGGCACGGUCAAGGCGGUGCACGUCGCCAUCGACUCCUCGCUGGAGGGAGACGACCUGAUCCUGGAGAUCGAGGAGUAGCGGAGGACGCAGAGGGAGGGGGGGUCAAGUGGUUGUGGAGCCUGAGAAGGUGGAGGCGCCUUUACUUUAGAUAUGCAACUCUCAAACACGGCUGUGCUUAGUGGGAGGGCGUUAGAGUAGUCAGUGUGAAAUAAUUAUUAUUAGCUCAUUCUAAUGAUCCCAGCUAGACUGAAUACAUUCCAUCAAUAGUCUUAAAACACUGACUUGCAAUAAUGUUACGACUUCAUGCUAUAAACGUAGCACUUUUAUAUCAAAUAUUCCCUUUUUUUCCUCAAACCAUUUGUGUUCCGUUUUGCAAGUCGUAGUGCAUUCUGGGAACGUGUCAUCCAUUGGGAAGGUGGCGUGGCGCCUAGGAUGAAGCACAACAGGUCAUCUGGCGCACGGCGUUUGGGUGAAGCACAAAGCGCUACAACGGGAGCCAGGAGGAAAGGUGUUACUGCAUCAGUAACUGCAGCGAGGGGAAACACGCCGGGUCAGCAUCUGUGAGCCGCACGUGCUUCUGAGGUAUCUCGACGUCGCAUGCAACUGCUGAUUCCUUGUUUAAUGAAUCCUCUGUCAAGUUAUGUGAAAUUAGCCGGACUAAUAAGAGACUCUGGAGAACCCCAAGAAGCAGCAGCAUUUGGCCUAGCAUCCCCAGUGUGUGUGUGCGUGUGUGUGUGUGUGUGAGUGUGUGUUCUUGUAUUUCUACCCUUCUUGAGACAUCAACAAGGAAAAGUACCGUCCAUAUGAGGACCGGUGAACAAGUUAGGACCCAAAAAAUGGUCCCAAUACGGAAAAACCAUUGCAUUUAAUAGAGAAUGUCUAAUUUGCACCCCUGCUGGUGAAAUCCAUCAAAAUGAGGGUGGUCCCAAAAAGGAGGGAUUUAAAGUGUUAAAAGUGCUCCCCCCUCUGGUCAACAUAUGAAAUAACAAGUGUGUGUAAAAAUUUGACACGCUCCCGCUCUGGUCAACAUAUGAAAUAACAAGUGUGUGUAAGAAAUUGAAAUGCGCCCCCUUUGGCCAAAAUUAAUUAAAAAAAAUUAAAUUCAUUUUAUUUUUUUAAAUUCAUUUUGGCCAAGGGGGCGCAUUUCAAUUUCUUACACACACAUAGAGAGACAUACUGUAAUAACUUGAAGUAAACAAUGAAGAUUAGAAACCAAUUACAAACAAAAAAAUUCAGAAAAAAAUAACUAACUAAAAGCUUACCUUUUUUAUAUUUGCAUAGUAUGUAUAUAUUAUUAAUGUUGUAAAUGAUAAUCUUUAUAUAUCUAGAAAGGGUGGUCCUAAAGAGAUAGGCAUUUAUCGGAGGUCUCCAGAAGGUAACAAAUACUAGAAUGUGUGUGUGUGUGUGUGUGUGUGUGUGUGUGUGUGUGUGUGUGUGUGUGUGUGUGUGUGUGUGUGUGUGUGUGUGUGUGUGUGUGUGUGUGUGUGUGGGUGCGCUUGUAUUUCUACCCUUCUUGCCUUCUUGAGACAUCAACAAGGAAAAGUACCGUCCAUAUGAAGACCGGUGUUUGGACCCAAAUCAUGGUCCCAGUACGGAAAACCAUUGCAUCUAGUAGAGAAUGUCUAAUUUGCACCCCUGGUGGUGGAAUCUAUCAAAAUUAGGGUGGUCCCAAAUAGGAGGAAUUUUUCAAAUUGACUGUGCGUUGGUGUUAAAAGUGUUCCCCCCUCUGGUCAACAUAUGAAAUAACAAGUGUGUGUAAAACUUUGACACGCUCCCGUUCUGGCCAACGUAUGUAAUAACUAGUGUGUGUAAGAAAUUGAAAUGCGCCCCUUUGGCCAAAAUUAAUUUAAAAAAAUAAAAUUCACUUUAUUUUUUUAAUUAAUUUUGGCCAAAGGGGGCGCAUUUCAAUUUCUUACACACACUAGUUAAAAAAAAAAAAAUUCAUUUUCCAUCCAUCCAUCCAUUUUCUACCGCUUAUUCCCUUCGGGGUCGCGGGGGGCGCUGGAGCCUAUCUCAGCUACAAUCGGGCGGAAGGCGGGGUACACCCUGGACAAGUCGCCACCUCAUCGCAGGGCCAACACAUUUAUUUUUUUUUGAAUACAUUUUGGCCAAAAGGGGCGCAUUUUAAUUUCUUACACACACUUAUAGAGACAUACUGUAAUAACUUGAAGUAAACAAUGACGACUAGAAACCAAUUACAAACAAAAAAUUCAGAAAAAAAAUAAUUAACUAAAAGCUUACCUUUUUUAUAUUUGCAUAGUAUGUAUAUAUUAUUAAUGUUGUAAAUGCUAAUCAUUAUAUAUCUAGAAAGGGUGGUCCUAAACAGGUAGGCAUUUAUCGGAGGUCUCAAGAAGGUAAGAAAUACAACAAUGUGUGUGUGUGUGAGUGUGUGUGUGUUUGUGUGUGUGCGUGCAUAUGUUAGUCUAAUUGAGUGUGCACCAGCAAAUUUAUAAGCAGUUCCCACAAUGCUCCACCUCCAGAGGUUUAAAAAAAAACUGCUCCUAAAUGAGAUCAUACAUUCACAUGCACCAAAUGAGCCAGCAAUGUGAAGUCGGCAAAAGCACUGAUAGCCACGCCCCCUCCAGAGCCACUCCCCCUGCCUCCACACACGUCGCCAAUAAUGAUAAGGAAUGCAAAUGAAUGAAUGUUGUGUUAGACGAGCAAAAUGCUGCACAUCAUGUCUCCAUUGCGCAGUUACGGCCAUACGUUUUGUUUUUAUUUUUAUGUAUAAUGUUCAUAUAUAUCUGCAAGCAGGCAACAUGUUUUACGCUUUCAUAUCCAAAUUUUUUGAACACUAAUGAUGUUCCAAUAACGUUGAUUGCUGUAGUUUACAUUUGCAUGAUGGAUGGAGGACCAUACUGGAUGAGGAGCGCACAUUAAACUAAAAAUGCCAUCAAAA